AGCUGGGCAGAGCAUGGCCAAAAGAGACAGGAGGCAUUAUCUCUCCCUUCACCCUGCUGUACUCAACGAGCGAGAUUGCUAUCUUCUGAGUGGCAGUGCUCCCGCCUUGUUGGAAAUGUUGAAACACUUGUGACUGACCUCCAGUGACACAGAAGCUUCUGGGUAGGGGCUGGAGAAGGGUCGGGGAGAUAUUUCCGUUAGGACAUCGCUGAAACACAGACUGGGAUCAGAUUGUGCUCAUAGUCCUAAGGAUCUCCAGCACCCUGCCGGUGGCACUACUGAGAGACGAGGUGCCAGGGUGGUUCCUGAAAGUGCCUGAGCCCCAACUUAUCAGCAAGGAGCUCAUCAUGCUGACAGAAGUCAUGGAGGUCUGGCAUGGCUUAGUGAUCGCGGCGGUGUCCCUCUUCCUGCAGGCCUGCUUCCUCACCGCCAUCAACUACCUGCUCAGCAGGCACAUGGCCCACAAGAGUGAACAGACACUGAAAGCGGCCAGUCUCCAGGUUCCCAGGCCCAGCCCUGGCCACCAUCAUCCACCUGCUGUCAAAGAGAUGAAGGAGACUCAGACAGAGAGAGACAUCCCAAUGUCUGAUUCCCUUUACAGGCAUGACAGCGACACACCCUCAGAUAGCUUGGAUAGCUCCUGCAGUUCGCCUCCUGCCUGCCAGGCCACGGAGGAUGUGGAUUACACACAAGUCGUCUUUUCGGACCCUGGAGAACUAAAAAAUGACUCCCCCCUGGACUAUGAGAACAUAAAGGAAAUCACAGAUUAUGUCAAUGUCAAUCCAGAAAGACACAAGCCCAGUUUCUGGUAUUUUGUCAACCCUGCUCUGUCUGAGCCAGCGGAAUAUGAUCAAGUGGCCAUGUGAAUUCCAAAUAUUUUUAAUGAGGUCCAGUUCUCUAUGGAUUCUUACAUUUAAUUUGUAGGGAAACGCCAUUUUUCCCCCUUAAACAAGGCAUGGGGCUCACAAGUCUAUGGAGACAGGCCAAAAAGAAUGUGGAGAAGAAAACUGAUAAAUACACAGAGGUCCUCAAGACCCAUGGACUCCUGGUCUGUACCCAAAAAAGGCUGUUCAUUCCUCAAAAACAAAAACAAGGCUUGGGUGGGAAAACAGGCCAAUGCCCCGGCAAGAAAGGUUCAGAUCAGAUGUUAGGAAGAACUUUCAGGUAAAGUAUGAGAACCAUGGAGUCCAUCAGCAGAGAUAGUAGUGAAAUCUCUCCCCAGGGAAAAUUUUAAAAAGGUUGAAUCAGCUGUUGUAGAGUUCUAUUUGGCAAUCUCAUGGUUAAAUGACUUCCCUUUGAGCUCUUUAAUUAUUGGCAAUAAACAACUUCUUUAAAAGUUUUAAAUAAAAUAGCAACCACCACCAGUUCCUCUUUUCCUGUUGCCUAACCCUGCAGUUUUCCUUGUUUUCAGUGAUGUGUUUUGCUGAGUAAUCCUCCUCUGUCCUCAGAACUUUAAAUAGUGCAUUUACAAAGCCUACCAUCAAUCAACCUUUGAAUCUGCUGUUUCUUAUAAGCCAAAGAUGACAAAUGGAAUUUUGGUAAAUAUCAACCAGCAUCAUAAUCUCUUAUUCCAAGAAAAAUCUCCCAAAGCUCAAUCUAAUAAAAUUCAAGAUUCAUUCCUGGUGUUUUUAAAAAAACAAUUAGGAAUACAGGGACACUUCCUAGUUCAAUUAAGAAUGAUUUAUCUCAAAUCAGGAGAUUACAUGAUAUUUAACUGUAAGCUCCUAGA